AUGCCGAGGAUGGGAAAGUCGUGGCAUGCCCGGCGUGUGUUCCAGCAUGAGAACAAGGACACCAUCGAUACCAAAGCGAAAAGGCUUUGUGCCGAAGCCAUUGAAGAGGGACAAAAGAGGCCUAAAGGGGGAGAUCCCACUCAUUUUGAUUUUCGGGAGCGGGUCGUGACUCAAAUGAUGGGAAAACUGAAGAAAAGGGAGAAAGACGUACUGCAGAGGACGGCCGAGGAGUACAACAAGAAGGGAGUUGACCCGGAACUCAAGUCCAAACUGGCUGUAAAGAACUGCACGGCUCAGAUGCAUGCAUUUUCCAAGGAACUUUAUGACACAAUGGGUGUCCGGGUCUUUAUCUUAGGAUGUUAUCUGAAGCCCAAUGGUAAUUUGGACAUCUCGACGUACGACUUCAAUCAAGAACUCGGGAAUGGGAAAGACUUUAUUGAUAACCAUAGCCGGACUUUCCAUGAGGAAGGAAUAUCGGUAUCUUCUUGGAGAGCACACAAUGAAGAAUACUAUGGGUUGGAGGAUCUUGCUUCGGCCGAAGGAGGACACCGAUCCCGGGGUGCUAUGACUUUGGAGAAGAACCUAUACCUGGAACCUAUUCUACCCAAUCCAUCAAAACCACCACUUAAAACUUCCCGUGAUAUUCGAAUUUGGCGGCUGAAUGUUCUUCGUACAUUUGUCAACCAGCACUAUAAUCUUGCAGCUGGGCAGAGUAAGGGAUCGGCUCCUUGGACGGCUAUUGGAUCAAAGUUACUUGACUUCAUUGAUCUAGAAUAUAUACCCCCGGCUUGGAGAUCAGUAAAUGGAGAAGGUAACAACUUUUACAAGUUUCUUGAUCCCUCCAAAUUCCCGAUGGAGAUGGUCACUGAAGCUCUCCAGUUUUGGUAUGAACGUCAAGAACAACACAAAGUUGCCUUUCGAUUUAAAUCCUUUCUUGAGGGGAAAAUGCUGCUGGAAGCACCUCCACGAAGGAAAAUCAAAGUUCACGUUCCUAAACCUCAUGUUCAUAGUGUUGGGAAGGGCAAGAAGCCCGGCAGAAGCAAGGGUCAAAGGAGAGGCCGGGCAGCAACCGAGUCACCGUCAGAUGAGGAAGCCAGGCCAAAGAGAAAGGAAGGGGUGGAAGAUCGGCAGUUCGAUGACAACAGUUGGAAGGAUUUGGAUGUGGACAAGCCGGCCAAGAAACGAACCGAACAGUUUUCUAAGGAUGACUGGACUCCUGAUCAGGAUGGCUCCGAUGACGAUGGAGAAGACUUGGACGUGGAGAAACCAACCAAGAAACCAACCAAACAGCAUGACGAACAUCGUGAGGAUGGCUCUGAUGAUAGUGACUCAGACUCCGAUAAUGGUCAAGAGAGGCCAAAGCAGGAUACUCUGACCGAGCCCACAGUGAAACCUAGCAGGGUCAACCCGACCUUGGAAGAGGAUAGAGACUCGGGAUCAGAUUUGGGCUCAGACGAUGCUACAAUCACUGUAGAUACCAGCCCCGAGCUUCAGCCUCGGUACAACGACACCCGGGCUCUCUCCCAUGAAGUACCAUCGGACACUGAGGUCUUGGCUGAUGAUACAUUUUGGGAAGCUGACCUGGGCUGUGGGGUGGAGUCGGCCGAUCGAGCGAAGAAGAGAAAAUUCACUGAUGAGGAGGAUACACCCUGCAAGUUUCCUCGGUUAGAGAAGGGUUACAAACUUGGCCCGAGGAGUGCCUGA